AUGGCUCCAGCACUUCUUACCGCGGUUGACGCCACAUCCCACAUCCACCUUGUAGUAGGGUCCAACCCACUUGCAGGCGCGCGAUGCGCACGAUCAAUAGAGGUCGGUGCGAAACCAAUACUGCUUGCGCCCGAGGAUUCCACACUUCACUAUGGUCUCGUCAAGCGCAUUGAAGCGGGCGAAGUAAAAUGGCUAAAGCGGAGUUUCGUCGAGGAAGACUUGACCACACUUGGAAGGCCAGAGGUAGACGGCGUAGUGGAUGCCGUAUUUGUUACCGCGGGCGGUAAGCAUACAUCAGCGACCCACAUCUCAAGUCUUUGCCGGAGACUACGCAUACCAGUCAAUGUCGCCGAUGCACCAAAUCUCUGCUCCUUCACCCUCCUCUCAACACAUUCGGAUGGUCCUCUACAGAUUGGUAUCACAACAUCUGGAAAGGGAUGCAAACUUUCUGCAAGAAUAAGGAGGGAGAUUGCGGCGUCGCUCCCACCGCGCCUGGGUGAUGCGGUUGAGAGACUGGGGACACUGCGGAGACGCAUAUGGGAGGAAGACCAUGCAGCGGAACUAUCGCAAGACCUAGAAGCAGAGGAAGAGGACAGUGGCCAGCCAGCGACAUUUAACAAAUUGAUCCUGGAAGAAAGCAAAGAAGCAGCACGGGGACGUCGCAUGCGCUGGCUAUCACAGAUAUGCGAAUACUGGCCCCUACGCCGUCUUGCGGGUAUUACGGAUGCAGACGUCGAUAUGUUAUUCCGCGAAUUCGCCAGCAGUAGCCCCUCGAAAGUCGGGCCCACUGCCACCACUCCCGGAAGACGUGCAGGCCGUAUUAUCCUCGCAGGCUCUGGUCCUGGUAAUCCCGACCUCCUUACCCGCGCAGCCCACAAAGCCAUUCUCUCUGCCGAUUUGAUUCUUGCCGACAAACUCGUCCCCGCACCCAUUCUCGACCUCGUUCCCCGCCGCGCAACCGUUCACAUCGCACGAAAGUUCCCCGGAAAUGCAGAUAAAGCCCAGGAAGAGCUCUUGGAGCUAGGUCUGGAAGGACUCAAGGCCGGCAAAGUUGUAGUCCGGAUAAAGCAGGGCGACCCAUACAUCUACGGUCGUGGCGGCGAAGAGUACGACUUCUUCCGCGCGCAUGGUUUCAUACCCAGUGUCCUACCUGGUAUCACAAGUGCCCUAAGCGCACCCCUCUUCGCUGCGAUACCUGCCACACACCGUGGUAUCGCAGACCAAGUGCUCAUUUGCACUGGCACAGGUAGAAAAGGCGCGCCCCUCGACCCACCAGAAUUCGUAGCUUCCCGCACACUCGUCCUCCUCAUGUCGCUUCACCGUCUAUCCGCACUAGUCGAAAGUCUGGUCGGCAAAGGGUACCCUGCAGAAUUGCCCGUCGCCGUACUGGAACGAGCUUCAUGUCCAGAUCAAAGAGUCAUUAGAACGACUCUGGAACACGUUUGCGCUGCUGUAGAAGAGGAGGGCAGCAGACCUCCUGGACUCUUGGUCGUGGGUAACGCAUGUAAAGUGCUUAUGAAAUACGAACAAAGAUGGGUUGUCGAGGAAGGGUUCCAUGGACUGGACAAUUUGGGUGGGGAUGGCGAAUUGGAGAUCAGUAGACUUACUGAGGCGGCUAUUGCCGCGUAG